AUGAAUACUUCUCUCGCAGAACCCAAAACUUCUGUUAUCCUAAAUGAGAGGAAACGCAUCACCUCCAAAUUUACCGAUGGGAGUGAGAUGAUAGAAGAAUACGACAUUAUCACGGAUGAUCUUCUUUUGAGGAAAUACCGAACGAAAAAUGCUCUAGGAAACUAUAGCGAUUGGGAAAUAGAAGUUGGAAGUGAGGCAAAAACGCGAAACUUAGAUAAAGAAAUACUGGUGGAAGCGAGUGGAAGCCCAGAACUUGUAAAGCAGGAUACACCUGAGUAUCAUGUUUUCCGUAUUCGAAAUCUACCUUACCCCAAAGAGGUAUUUUCGGUUACAGUGGAACGUCGUAACUCUGAUGAUAUUGGUGAAAUAGUAGUACGUACGAGUAAUAAAAAGUAUUUCAAAAGAUUGAAUAUACCUGUUCUUCAGCGUCACCACAUCCCACUUGAUCCAUCUCAUCUUAGCUAUGAUGUACAACACAAUACGUUGAUAAUUCGAUACAAAAAACAUCUCUCAGUGUUGGCAGCAGAGGCUGCGGCCAAAAAAGAAAGGGCCGCACUACCAGCGAAACGUGUAGGAACUGAUGACAAUGGAUGUGCACAACAGUGA